AUGCAAGCUACAACAACUCUGAAGGAUGCUGCUCAAUACGGAAAUCAUUUCAGUAAUAAAAUUAUUGGAAAUACCGGACGCAAUCCCUUUGCGUCGAUUAUAAAUGAUGAUAACAAUACAUCAGAUGAAGUGACCGAAUCAUAUGUGAAUAUUGACAGAAUGAAUAGUUCAAACGAU